AUGCAUUUGAUGUACACUCUCGACGAGGCGGGCAACCGUCUGUACACCUUGAAGAAGGUUGCCGACGGCAAGGUCACCAAGUCCGCGCACCCUGCCCGUUUCUCCCCCGACGACAAGUGGUCGCGCCAGCGCGUCACCCUCAAGCGUCGCUUCAACCUUCUUCUCACCCAGCAGAAGACCGAGUAA